AUGGCGGCUCCAAGCCCGAGCGGCGGCGGCGGCGGCGGCGGCACCGGGGGCGGCGGCGGUACCCCGGGCCCGGUAGGGUCCCCGGCUCCCGGUCACCCGGCCGUCAGCAGCAUGCAGGGCUUUCAGAUAAACUUCUGUGAAAAGGCACAAAGUAAACGCAAAGCACUGAAGUUGAACUUUGCAAAUCCUCCUGUCAAAUCUACAGCAAGGUUUACCCUGAAUCCCAAUACAGGAGUCCAGAACCCACACAUAGAGAGACUGAGAACACACAGCAUUGAGUCGUCAGGAAAACUGAAGAUCUCCCCUGAGCAACACUGGGAUUUCACUGCUGAGGACUUGAAAGACCUUGGAGAGAUUGGACGAGGAGCUUAUGGUUCUGUCAACAAAAUGGUCCACAAACCAAGUGGGCAAAUAAUGGCAGUUAAAAGAAUACGGUCAACAGUGGAUGAAAAAGAACAAAAACAACUUCUUAUGGAUUUGGAUGUAGUAAUGCGGAGUAGUGAUUGCCCAUACAUUGUUCAGUUUUAUGGUGCACUCUUCAGAGAGGGUGACUGUUGGAUCUGUAUGGAACUCAUGUCUACCUCGUUUGAUAAGUUUUACAAGUAUGUAUAUAGUGUAUUAGAUGAUGUUAUUCCAGAAGAAAUUUUAGGCAAAAUCACUUUAGCAACUGUGAAAGCACUAAACCACUUAAAAGAAAACUUGAAAAUUAUUCACAGAGAUAUCAAACCUUCCAAUAUUCUUCUGGACAGAAGUGGAAAUAUUAAACUUUGUGACUUUGGCAUUAGUGGACAGCUUGUAGACUCCAUUGCCAAGACAAGAGACGCUGGGUGUAGGCCAUACAUGGCGCCUGAGAGAAUAGACCCAAGUGCAUCACGACAAGGCUAUGAUGUCCGCUCUGAUGUCUGGAGUUUGGGGAUCACGUUGUAUGAGUUGGCCACAGGCCGAUUUCCUUAUCCAAAAUGGAAUAGUGUAUUUGAUCAGCUAACACAAGUCGUGAAAGGAGAUCCUCCACAGCUGAGUAACUCAGAGGAAAGAGAAUUCUCCCCCAGUUUCAUCAACUUUGUCAACUUGUGCCUUACAAAGGAUGAAUCCAAAAGGCCAAAGUAUAAAGAACUUCUGAAACAUCCCUUUAUUUUGAUGUAUGAAGAACGUACCGUUGAGGUUGCAUGCUAUGUUUGUAAAAUCCUGGAUCAAAUGCCAGCUACCCCCAGCUCUCCCAUGUAUGUCGAUUGAUACCCUGCUACAACAGACUCUAGAAAAAAGGGCUGAGAGGGGAGCAAGACAUAAAGAAUUUUCAUCCUGUAUCACAGUGUUUUUAUUGCUCACCCAGACACCAUGUGCAAUAAGAUUGGUGUUCAUUUCCAUCAUGUCUGUAUACUUCUGUCACCUAGAACGUGCAUCCCUGUAACACCUGAUUGAUCACACAGUGUUAGUGCUGGUCAGAGAGACCUCAUCCUGCUCUUUCGUGAUGAACAUAUCCAUGACACAUGGAAGUCAGUAUGAUCAAGCUGUUGACUAUGAUUAGAUCACAUCUUAAAUUCAUUUGUAGACUCAAAACCUGGAGAUGCAGCUACUGGAAUGGCUUUGUCACACUUCCACAUACUGGAAGGACACAGUGAUGGAUGUACUAUGUGUGUGCAUAGAGACUCGGGUUCAAGUGAGAGGAGCUUGCACUGUCAGUGAGACACAUUGCCUUCUGGAGCUGGGAGACAAAGGAGGAAUUUACUUUCUUCACCAAGUGCAAUAGAUUUACUGAUUUGAUUUUCUGUUGCUUUACAGUCACAGUUAAUGUUUGGGGAUUGAUGUGCUCAGCCAGAUUUCCUGUUUAAAGUAUGUUAAAUUAGAAUGAAUUUAUUUUUACCAAAAACCAUGUUGCAUUCAAAGAGGUGGACAUUAAAUAUUGAGACAGGACAGAAUGUGUUCUUUUCUCCUCAACCAGUCCUCUUUCUCAUGGGAAGACUCAGGAGCCUGCCACUUGUCACAGAAGGUGCUGCCAACUCAGUUCCACCUGCCACUAGCCACCAGGACAGAAAGAAGAAAUAAGUACAGAGGGCAAAGUUUACACAGAUGCUUUUAAUUCUAGUACCUUGUCUGGAACAACUUGUAGCAGCUGUGUGCUUCCCUGGCCUCACGCUGAUACUUCACCAUCAUAAUCCAUCAACAGGGAGAAGGAGCAAUGUGCCUUGAUAGAUGAAGAUGUCUUGUAGGCAGUAGAAGACUAAACCUCAGUCUGCUUCUCGCCAUCACUGGUCCAGAUCUGCAGUUUCUAAUCUCUUCCCCUUUCCCAGAGGUCUUUUGGCGCCAUGUGACUUUUGCUUAAUCCAUUAUUUUACCUUUUUGUAUACAAACACCUUUGUCAUUACCAGAGAUUUUCCUUACCAAGGAUAUUUUAGUCCCAAGUCUCUCACAUGCUCUGACUGAAAAGGCUGAGAAAAGUGGGCCCAGUUAUUUGGUAGGUGACAAAAGCAGUCUUUUCUAGAGACAUGAUUGAUGAGAAGAUCUGAAACGGCAAUCUUCUAGAUAGGCUUGUCUUGUGCUGGGAUCUCUAGCAGCUCACCACCUCCCUUGGAAUUGGAGUCCUACCCAACCCCUUUCCUGAGAAAGAAAAGUCAAAGCCUUAGACUGGAUCCGAGAGGCCCCUGUGCUCUUGGCUUCACUCAGCCCCAAACAGGCUCUUGGAGGUGCGCCUUCCGCUUCCCAAGCACCGUGGUUAGGCUUUGCAUGGCAUCUGAGCAGCACUGGAGGAUCGUCUGAAAUGCAGGUGAUGCCAUUACAGAAUCAAAUCCUGGCAGGUAUUGCUGUGUCUCCUCCCAGAGUGACAGUCAUAAAUACCACAAAAUCAUACAGGGAGAAUGGUGCUGUUUAGUUACAUCCUAUUAAUUGAAGAAUUCAAAAAUGAUUCCUCGUUUUGCCCACUUGCCUAAUUUCCCUGUUUUCUCCCUCAUGGUAUCCUAACCCUUACCUUUCCCAGUGUUGUGAAUGGAGACAUUGCUGUAUGCCUUCUUUCAGCCACACCAAGCCAUCGUCCUCUGUUGCUCCCAGGACUCAAGAGGAGUUUGUUUCUCUGGUGUCAGCUUCCAGUCUGGCUCAGCAUAGGGUCACUUUGCCAUAAUGCAAAUGGAGAUAAAAGCAAUUCUGACUGUCCAGGAGCUAAUCUGACCGUUCUGUUGUGUGGAUGACCACAUAAAAAGGCAAUUUUAGUGUAUUAAUCAUAGAUUAUUAUAAACUAUAAACUUAAGGGCAAGGAGUUUAUUACAAUGUAUCUUUAUGAAAAUAAAAGGGUGUAUAGUGUUCACAAACUGUGAAAAUAGUGUAAGAACUGUACAUUGUGAGCUCUGGUUAUUUUUCUCUUGUACCAUAUAAAAGUGUAUAAAAAUUAUCAAAAAGCUAAUGUGCAGGGAUAUUGCCUUAUUUGUCUGUAAAAAUGGAGCUCAGUAACAUAACUGCUUCUUGGAACUUUGGAAUAUUUUAUCCUGUAUUCUUGUUUGAAUUCCUCCUCUAUUUAAGAUAUAUACAUGGAAUCAAAGUGUUUAUGUAAUAGUUCUAUCCUUUUGCCUGCAGGUCAGUUGUAAUAAAUCUAGGAUGUGAUGA